AUGUCCGACUUAGUCUAUGAUCGAGCUCCUAAUGCCAACGAAUCUUCGUUCCAGUAUCCGUUUGCCUCAGCGCCAGACAUCAUCCGCUCACAUCAAAAGGAUGCCUACUUCCAGGGCGUCUUACUAGAGCGCCUCUCUUCCGUGCUCCGGAACCUCUAUGGCGCUCGCUUUGCUCAGACACACAUGACAGGCACGCGCACCUUCGCCGACCUACUGUACUUAUCUUUGACCACUCUGGCUGGUAACCGCACAUUGGGCGAGGAGUACUGCGACAUUGUUCAGGUCGAAGAUGACACGCUGCGCCUUCCGAGCGCAUACAGAAGAGGAGGAUACAUACUUGCGAGCGUCCUACUGCCAUACGGUCUCACUAGGAUUCUACCAGCCUUUCGAAGGAAGUUGCGCGCAAAGUUAGAGGCGUCUCUGCGGCGACGAAACAGUAAGCCCGACCAGUCGUCCUCGUGGGUGACCAACCUACAAUCUUACAUUCUUCGGAACCUCGAUACAAUCACCUCUCCUUCACCGAUACACGCUCUUAGUCUGACGGCCUUCUAUUUCACCGGUGCUUACUACCAUCUCGCAAAGCGUCUAAGCGGCCUGCGGUACAUCUUCACUAGACGUCUUGAUCCCAGCGAGCAACGUAUCGGUUACGAAGUCCUCGGCGUGCUAUUGGUUCUACAACUCGGUGUACAAGCGUAUCUUCACGCCCACGAAACUUACUCUUCCGUUCCUGCCGUCAGCAAUGCCGCAAGUCUGAGCGGAGGAAGCGCCGUGCUUGACAAUGGCGUUGAAGUCUCGCUAGACCCAAAUGCCUACAGCUCAAACAACGCUCUGCUGUUCGAAGAUGGCGCUGCUCAGCACAACACCUCAAGUCUACACAGCAAGAUCUCUAGAAUGACACAUACUCCCUUGCCGCCAUCAGACUCGGAAGCUGCUAUCAUCAACCUCGAAGACGAAGAAAAGCUCGGGUGGAUAGAAAGCAGUCAACAGAGGAAGUGCACGCUAUGUCUGGAACCUAUGCGUGAUCCCAGUACCACUACCUGCGGUCAUGUAUUUUGCUGGACCUGUAUCGCAGACUGGGUGAGGGAGAAGCCUGAAUGCCCGUUGUGUAGACAGGCUGUUAUGGCUCAGCAUAUACUGCCGCUCAGAAGUUAG